UCUGUGUUCCAGACUGUAAAUCCGUGUUCAAACAUGAGCGGAUGGCUCUAUGCAAGGAUUCCUGCAGCUACUGCUCCGGCUUCAGCACCAAGAUGCUGCACAGCCACUAUGGAGGCCGGAUGGAGGAGUUCUGCAGACCCCACUGCAUGUCCCAGUACACUGUGCUCUACUAUGGGAUGGGUCGCUGUGACAGUUGCAGGAAACAGGGCUCCAUGACGGAGAAGCUGCAAUGUUUGGGUUCAGUCCGUAACUUCUGCAACCUGCCCUGCCUGCUGCAGUACUGCCAGCUGCACUUUGAGACCAUCCACAGCAGCAGCAACGGAACAGGAACUGCCCCACAAACUCCAUAUGCUCCAAAACAGCCCCACCAUUCCUCAAAGAUGAAUCCUGUCAUUGCGGAUGUGGUUUCUCUGGCCAACGGCUCUGCCACUCAGCCCAGUGUGUCAGCAGACACUGCUCUAACUGGAACACUUCCAACCACCAACAUUGACGGCAAGAAUCUAGACCACGCCAGCACUCAGACUGACGCCAUGCAAGGCCCUUCGUCCCGUCGCCGUCAAAUGAAGAACAAGUCAGUUCUGUGUCGGCCCUUCACUAUGGACCAGGAGAGCAUGUGCCAGCUGCUCUCCCCCUCUGCUGAGUCAGCAGGUGUGCUUCCCCCCUCAAUGAGUGUCUCAGUAGGGGGGGAGAAUGUGAGGGUGUUGCUGGUGCCAGUCCCAGUCCCAGUGCCCGUCUUCAUCCCAGUGCCCAUGAGCAUGUACUCCCAGUACACACCUUUUCCAAUGGCGAUGCCUGUGCCCGUUCCAGUACCUAUAGUAGUGCCACCACAGAAGAAGGAGACGAGAGAUGCUGCAGUGCAGUCAGAGCCUCAGGCUGUGACGGAAGAAAAACAGAGAGAUGUUUCCACUGCAGACCAGAGAAGUCCUCAUAGUGGGGACAUGGAGUCAGAGGUGGUCGCCCCCAUGAUCCGUGAAGUUGAAGAGAAUGAAAAAACAGUACAGGCGGACCUGCCACUAACUGUGAGUUCAGAGAGAAGCACGGAGUCAUCUGAUCCCCAACUAAGCACCCAGUCAGAGGUUACUACGAUAACUAGCGAGCCUCCUACCACCAGUGCUGAGCUUCAACCUCCCUCCUCUCCAUUGAUGGACCUGGAGACUGAUAUCCCAACUGAGUCGUUGGAUCAGAAGCCAGCUGCUCCACAGAGAGGAGUGAAGCGAUCUAGAGACCCUUACAGCAGCCGGAAACGGAGUCGAAGGCGUACUGGCUCCUUGAACCACAGUGCAGUGCGGACUCCCCCCGCCUCCAAACUGAACCACGUGUACGGGGUUAAAGCCUGGAGAAGCUGGGUCCAACAACAGAACCAACAGCCCACAAGAUCCAACAUGGUGGAUGUUAAAGAGGACGUGCUUCAGUGUGACUCUGCUGAGCUCAGCUUCGCUCUAUCUCACUUCAUCACUGAUGUGAGACGGCCCAAUGGAGAGACCUACAGCCCAGACAGCAUCUUCUACCUCUGCCUGGGGAUACAGCAGUAUCUGUUCUCAAAGGGCCGCAUAGAGAACAUCUUCACUGACGAGCUCUACAGUCAGUUUACCACCAAAAUCAGCGGGAUGCUGCAACUCUGGAAACCUAAACUACUAGUACCGAGUGGUGCUGCAGUCUCCUCCAGGGUGGUGGAGUCCUACCUGUGGGAGUGUAAGCAGCUGGGCGCCUACUCCCCCAUCGUGCUGCUCAACACGCUGCUCUUCUUCUGCACCAAGAACUUCGGCUUCACCACUCUGGAGCAGCACCAGAGCGUCUCCUUCACCAACUUCACCCGACUCUCCAAACCCUGCAAAAAAGCCGGAAAAGUCCUCUACCUCCGAUACCAGCGGAGCAGCAAGGACCCCCACAGCACAGAACGAUAUAGAAAAAGGCAGGGAGAGGAAGAGAUGCUGGAGAUGCUUGAAAAUGUCGCCAACCCUCUACACUGUCCUGUCAGGCUUUACGAGUUCUACCUCUCCAGAUGCCCGGAGUCGGUGCAGACGAGAAGCGACGUGUUUUUCUUGCAGCCGGAGGAGGUUGUGCACACUCACAGGUCAGUGUGUGCUCCAACAUUAAAGAAACACACGAGUGACACAUGA